GAUAUUUUAUAUAAUUUCUAGUAUAAUUCAUUGUAUAUACUUCAAUUUUUUCCAUUAUUUAUUAUUUUAAAUAUCGCGGAUGAUUUCGUGCCUUUACCUGGCGCAAAAAGCGAAGAUGUAGCUAUUCUGAAAAAUAUAUAGAUUUCUUAUUUAAGAAAAUUGUUGAUCAAAUAGAUGAUGACACGAUCACAAAAUCGAAAAGUGGUGGGCAAUUGUGUUCACAAUAAUCAUAUGAAGAAAUUAAUGUGUUAUAAUGCCUGUGUGACUUUACAUUUGGUCACAUUGUAAUAAAAUGAUGCGCAAUAUAAUUUACAUGUACAUAUAUGAAACGUGGAGUUGCACAGAUUUAAUCUGUUUAAUGUGUAUCGGUAUUGCUUGCGAUUUCAAGUUUCUACGUAUCACUUUUGAGCACUUAUUAACAUUUCUUUUCGUCUCGGUGUUCUUCUUCACCUUGCUUGCCUUCGUUGAGGAACAGUACAUGUUACUGAUACAAUUAAAAGUUCAAUAUAGAAUAUCAAGUUUAAAGGAAAAUAUUUUAUGCACAAAAUUUGGGUACCGAGGGAAGAUUAAAAAACCAUAACAUCAUAUUCGAUUGAAUUUUCAAAGAAAAUAAAAUGGGAAUUCGCUACUUACUCGCUUUUACAUCAACAAAUUUCAUAAAUAUGCGUGAUGAGGUCAUUGAGUGGAAAAGAGCUCACCGGGGCAAUAAACCAAUAAUAGCGAUUGAUUUUAAAAAUCUCGUUUAUGCCAUUUCAACAUCUGAAGAGAGUGAUAUUUGUGGUGGUCGUCAUAAAGAAACUUUGAAAUUGUGGGAAGAUUUGUUGGAAGCACUUAAAAAGUUGGAUUGUAAAUUCAUAUUCUUUGCGGACUCGAUUACCCCAAUGUGGAAGGUUGGAGAAUGGAUGCAACGACGAGAUGAAGAUUUUGAUAAAUACAAAAAGUUAUAUGAAUUGAUUAAAAAAGGCACAUCACUCGAGGUUAUUCCGGGAAAAAUUUAUAAUUUAAAAUCAUUGAUUGCAACAUAUUACGAAAUGUUGCAAAAGGCAAGGGAAUACGGUGAUUUCCCUUAUUCUGCUUGUAAUGAUAAUGAUUCGGAGAUAGCAUAUUAUGCAAAAGAAAAUGAGGUAUUUGCUGUCAUUUCAAAUGAUUCUGAUUUUCUCAUUUAUGAUGGGCCAUGGAAGUUGUGGAGUAUUAAAGAUUUUAAUAAUGCUAUUCGAUUGGAAGCAACUGAAUAUAAUAGGGAUAGUUUAUUGGAAAAACUCCAACUUCCCAGACAUAAAAUGCCUCUUUGGGCGACUUUAGUAGGCAAUGAUUACACGAAGAAGGACGAAAAUUUGAAAAGAUUUCACGUGCAAUUGAGUCGGAAAUAUAAUCACGGUGUGGGCGAUCGCCAGCUCUUUGGUAGUAUUGUAAAAUAUAUGAAUACAUUGAAUUUUGGUCCAAAAGCUUUAGAUUUCAAUAUAACACAAGUUGCAAGAUCGGUUUUUGGAUCGGACCACAGAAGAUAUGUUGAAUUGAUUAAAAAUAGUGUCGAUUCAUACAAUAUUGAUAAUCCACUUGAUGUCAAUAUGAUCAACGACCCUAUUGGGAAGAAAAUUUAUCAGUCAAAAAAUCCUAUUUAUCAGUCAUAUAAGGCACUCAUCUAUCCAAUUGUGGGCAUAUCAUUACCGUAUUAUGAUAUGCGUGGCCGUCGACCAGGAGGUAUAUUUACAGACCUAAUAGUACAGUACACAAAUCGUAAGAAAGGAAUUUUAUUGAUGGAAACACGUCCAGAAACAUACACCUUAUUAGCAAAAAAAGAAGCCAACCAACACUUUGAGCGGUCUGAAGAAAAAAUAAUUUAUCCAGAUUUUACCAUACCACCACUUCAUCAGUUAUAUCUUGGAAACACCAGUGUUGUCGAUUCCGAAAUUAUUGGAACGCGCUGGAAAAUUUUUCAAUUCAUUAUGAUGUUUUCGGAAGAAGACGUAAAAAAAGUUAAGGCAUUGGAUAAACAGUUUCGAUUAAUUGGCACCGUUCUUUAUGUUUUGGUUAAGAAACGACUGCUUAGUGUAGAAGAAGCCGAUGGAAUUUUAUAUACUGAGCACAGAGUUUAUGAUGGAACUGACAAUAAUCGAAAACCAGUUAAAGUCGUUGACGAACACAUUCGCUCAGCUCACAUCUAUGUUAAAGCAUUCGAUUGUGUACGUGAAAAUUUCGCAGUUGCUGGACUUCUAUCACAAAUUCAGGAAAAACUGCUAUUUAACGGUGUUUUCUUUCAACAGAUAAUUCACAAUAUGAGUGAUGCUUUUCGUCACAAAUAUAUGAAUUCAUUGCAAAAAUACCGUAUUUAUGCUUAGUUUCAAGAAUAUUACCGAUUUAUAUUCACGAUCAUUUUGCUGUAGCAGCUGAUUAAUAAAUACUUGAAAUACUUGGUGUGAGGAAUUUUAUUAUAAUUUUAUCAAAUUUACCUUAUCAUUGGAAUAUAUUAAUGGGGAAAAUUGCCAUUUAAUAAUUAUAA